AUGGAUAUAGCCUACGACCACCUCUCUUCUCCAAUUCACACCGACUCCACCACCACGAUACCGAACCCCUCCUCCUCUUCCGACCCUGCAGAUCCCACAGCCCAAUCAUCCCCGCCAGCGAAUACCCUUCCCACAGAAUUCCAACAAGCCUUCCAGGCCGUCUCAAGUUCACCUUGGGGUGCGAAAUUGGGAGGAUGGUUCAAUACCGCGAAGAAGCAGGGCGAGACUCUAAUUCAGGAAGCGGAGAAGGAAGCGAGUAAAGGAUGGACAUCCCUUACAGAACAGGUCAAUAAUCGGACACGAGGGAUGAGUCUCGAGGGGCCGGUUCCUGGGGAGGAAACCUUGCCGGUGGACAGUGCGAAGACCGUGUCGGGAGAGGGCAAGGAAGUGGGGGAGAAAGGUGAAGAUGGGGAGCAGAGACCGGAGAGUUUACCUGCGGAUAUCGUCAAAGAAGCGAGUAGUGUUUUUGCGAAUCUGCGAGUUAGUGCGGCUGCGAAGUUGAGGGAUUUGGCCAAAGCGGAGGAUGCUGCUGAUGAAGCGCUGGAGAAGUUUGGACUUGGGGUUCGGGAUUUUCUGAGGAAUGCGGUGGUUAUCUCUUCUCCGGAUGAUACAACCUCGGGAGCAGAAGUCUUGUUCUCUACAGAGGAGGUGGGCACGGGGAAGAAGGUGUUUCAUACCACGAGAUUGGAUGCGCAGUUGCAUGCGAUUCAUACUACGGCGACGAGCUUUCUGGAGGAGCCGCAGGGGGAAGAGUGGGAGGUCUGGAAGAAGGAGUUUGAUGUGGAGGAGAAGACGGAGGCGGUUGCGGGGGAUCUGGAGAGGUAUGGAGAAUUGAGGGGCAUGAUGGAGAGGUUGGUUCCGGAGAAGGUGGAUUACAAGGAGUUUUGGACGAGGUAUUAUUGGUUGCGCAAGGCUGUGGAGGAGGACGAAAGGAGGAGGAAGGAGGUGUUGAAGGGAGCAGCGACGGUACCUGAGGAGGAGAUCUCCUGGUCUGACGAUGAGGAGGAGGAUGAUGGUUCCACGCCUCAACGGAACGCUACACCCAACAUCAACGCGGGCGAGUCUACAAAUCACAAGGCAUCACAAUCCACAACGACCCUCCAUGCUCCCACGAUAUCUUCCAGCAAGUUGGAAGCUCCUACAAGAAAAAGCCAUGAAGAUGAAAGUCGAAGCGUGGCGGAUUCGGAAGCGAGUUAUGAUAUUGUUUCCGGGGCCACGAGUCGUGCGACGGGGAGUCCCAAGACCAAGGAGGGGAAGGUUGAAGGGAAGGAGGAGAGUGAUGAUGAUGAUGAUUGGGAGUGA